AUGGGGAAGUCCAAGUUGCCGGCCGACGUGUUCCCCCCGCUUGCGCUCUCAAGAUCCGAGAAACAAGCUAUCGUCAACUACACAGAGGAGCUGGUGGCUGAAACGUUGAUGACCAGCGAGAAGUUCAUCGCGCACCACCGAAAACUCAACCCGGAGCGCUGGAAGUACGUCAAAACUCAAGAACAACUGCAUGUGUAUCGUUCUCGUCGACGCAAGAGCUCGUCCCAUCGUCACGAUGCCGAUUACCUAACGGACGGCUCGCUAUUAGAACGCGCACAGUCCGCUCGUGCGCCGUUGAUGGUAAUCACCGGAAAGAUGGAGGGGACGGUGGAGGACGCAGCCUUUGGGGCACUCGCGGACAAUGAAGCGCGGUGGCGUCUGCGCGACGCCUACAUUGGCGACGAAUACGACGACCAAAAGAUCCUCGCGACGUUAAAAACGCCGACGGACGACGAUCCGUUUCGUUUUCUAGGCGUGAAAUGGGCGACAAAAGUGUUGGGUACGUUUAUCUCUCAACGUGACAUGGUGUACGUCGAGUCGACGGGUAUUUCCCGCGAUUCGAACGGCGAACGGGUGGCGUGCGUGCUCCAGCACAGCUACGCGUUGGACCGGGUGCCGGAAUUAACCGAGUUUGGCCGACAGGUUGAAGUGUUUUGCCGCGCUUUCAACGACAUGGGCGGCGAUAUCUUGGAGGGCGUCACAGUUAACCUAUUCAAAGAGAUGUUACUGUCUGUGGGUGGACUGGUACAGUGCUCAUACGUCAAGAAACUCAAGUGGCAGAUGAGCGCAAGGGAACGCGAAGCGAGAGAGCACGCGACGACUCUGGCGACUCAAACACACGCGCCGACGCACUGUGCGUCCUGUCACCACUCUUUGAGCAAGUUCGGACGCCUAAUUCAAAGCGGAUCGGCCUGUCAAGUGUGUCAUCGGGUCUUCUGCAACAAGUGCACAGUGUCGAAACGGGUGGGUAUUGCAUGA